AUGGGCCAUCCUCCUGCACAUUGCAACCCCGGUGUGGACACCCCUGACCCAGAAGAGGGAUCGACCGACAGAUCCCCUCAGGGCUUAUCCACUUGGGGACCUCAGCCCGAACCCUUGAACGAUAGCGUGCCUAUAGAUGAGGCACAGAAACCCCGCAAAUUUCUAGCACAGCCUGUCGAAACCUCAUCGCGAAGUUCCAAGGCACACGACUCUGCCCAUGGAGACCGAAACAAUCAACAGCAAGCCUCCAAACAAGAAACACACCCAAACAACACCAGCGAGACCCGACCCCCGAGAAGAUUUCUCCCGGAGCCGAUUGAAACGACGCGGACAACCCACAGAAGAGCCCAUUCGACCUCCGAGGUCCAUUAUACAAGUUCUCCACAGAGCAGGACGUCACCGGGGACUAGGCGAUUCAAACCAGACCUGGUAGAGACCGAUACGCGCUCGUUUCGAAAAGGUCAGGCAGUUCGACCCUCAUCACAUAAUGCUGUAAGGCAUUCAACAACCUGCAACAUCAAGGCAGGCACUGGCUUUGUCCCAGAUAGCCAUGUGGAAUCGGAAUCCCAAUUUUCGUAUGCGAGUCUACUGCGUCGACAACAGGCUCGCAGACACUCAUUUCGAGUACCUGAACUUCCAUCGAUCCCUUCCGAUAGCAGUGAGGAGUCGGGCACCUCCAGAUCGCACUCGGCCUGUACUUCGGCGCCAGGUUCAUCGGACAAAGCGAUCAAGGAUUUGGCCGGUACCAAGUCUCGUCGCGACAGCUGCGGGGAGGAGUUUUCAGAAUAUCUGCUCUCUCUUGCUGCGCGAUCCGCACAGAUGCAGUUGAAAGAUCAGGCAUUAGCUGCUUUCCCCAACGAACAGACAUAUGAACCUGUUAACCAUUUCGCCAUCGAUUAUGACAGGGAUUCCGAAGAAGACGCUCCGAUAAAAUGGAAUACUGUGAAGUCUCGACGACAAUCGUCAGCAGACCUCUCCUGGGAGCUUGAAUACAUGCGCCAUCAUAAAGAGGAGGCUGAAAUGAGACUCCGGGCCAUGAUCACGUCUGGGCAGCCAAAGUCAUCACAAGAACAGCAAAAGCAUAGUCCACCGCUACUUGGAAACGAUAUUAUCAUACCCCUCAGCUCCUCGCCCGAAGGAACUAUAUGUGAACACUCGACCAAGAAUAUGCUAUCACAUGAUGGACCAGAGUCUUGCACUGGUUGCGAGGGUCUUUGGUGCGCGGCACCCCGUCACGGGGCUGGAAAAGGCGCCGGCCUGUGGAUGGGCACUUGUUCUAAAGAAGAGGGCCAGACGCGACAGGUCCAUGGCCUUUUCCCCGGAAUUGUAACCCCCAUGGCUCGGGUUGACUCGGCCGGUGUCAGUAAAGGGCUCAGUCCCUCACCUUCACACACUCACCUGGACCGGCUGGCACUGUCUCCAGGCAACAGCAAACUUCGCAAACCCGCAUCCCCAAACUUCCAGAAGGCCAUCGAGUCUGAGUUCCACGAUGGCUUUGUGACGCAGAUUUACAACUAUCUCUCCCUGGGAUACCCGUGCCUUGCCCGAUACUAUGAUGAUGAACUCAGUCGAAUAUCCGGGAUCUCCGUCGAGGUUCUCCGGCGCGAUGAUCUGAACACUGACGCUCGAGGUUACGUCGUUGCACCCGCGAAUGACGAUCUCGCUGAUGCCUGCGCUCGGUGGAAAGCUCUUCGCCUCUAUAUUCAGGAAUGGGCUCGACAGGAGCCCGGUAUGGCUGACGACGAAACCAAUUUGGAAGGAUGGGGACUUCCAGAACGAAAAGGAAGCUGGGCAAUCUGA